AUGGCGCCUGUCAUUCAAAACUUGGGAUUCGCCAUAACUACCUCGACUUCCUAUGAAGCGCCAUACGUCGUUGCCAAGAGAUUCUCGACUCUUGACCAUCUGACUGGGGGUCGAUUUGGCUGGAAUAUUGUAACAUCAUGGAAAGCAUCGGCAUCAAAAUCGGCAUGUAAGACCAUGCUAAGACUGAAGCUUGGGCUUCCAUCAGUCGAGCAUGACAAACGGUAUGAAAUUGUGGAUGAGUACCUACGAGUUCUUUACAAGCUAUGGGAAGGAAGCUGGGCUGAUGGCGCGUUGAGAGAAGACAACGCAAUUGGCGUCUACGCGGAUCCAAGCCAGAUCAGGCGUGUUCGUCACCAUGGAGCGCACUUCCGUGUGGAUGGCCGACACAUUCUCGACCCAUCUCCCCAGCGGACACCGUUCCUCUUUCAGGCCGGCACAUCUGCAGCUGGCGUUGCUUUCGGUGCCCGUCACGCCGAGGGCAUCUUCGUCUCGGCUCCGUCGCCCCAUAUCCUGGCACCUCGCAUAAAGACGAUCCGUGAGGAGGCUGCUAAGGCUGGCUGUGAUCCAGAGUCAAUCAAGGUGUUUGCAAUUCUGACUCUCAUUAUUGGACGCACCGAGGAGGAAGCCAAGGCCAGGUACCAGGAUGCGCUGGAGUAUGCCAGCGCGGAGGGAGACCUUGUGUUCUUUUCAGGCAGCGACGGAAUUGACCUCAAUCAGAUUAAUCUUGACACGGCCAUCAAACCGUCAGAUGUUCAUGUUGAUGCACGCGUGCACUCCACCAUCCACAGCUUGUCAUAUCGAGGCGACGGUGUGCCGUCCUGGACCCCACGGAACAUCGGAAAGCGGAUCUCAGUCGACGGCAAUGGGCCGGUGCCUGCUGGCACACCGCAGCAGGUAGCCGAUGUCCUGGAAGAAUGGAUCCGUGUUGCGGAUCUGGAUGGUUUCAAUAUCGAUAUGAAGUCUACGACGGCAACUGAGCGAGUGCCUUGUUAA